AUGGCCAAAGAGAUCAAAGAGAAGAAGGAGAAGAAGGAGAAGCGCGCAGAGAGCGAUGGUGUAACGAAGAAGAGCAAAAAGGACAAGAAGGAGAAGAAGGCCAAGGCCGACGUGGAUAUGGUAGAUGCACUUGAGGCCGAGCUUGAGAAGGCGCCAGAAGUCUCACUCGUCAGGGUCGUGGACGGCGAAGAGGGCGAUGAGCCCCGCGGCGCACUCGUUCCUUUCGCAUUCCCACUAGCAGACAAUGAUAAGGAGGUCAAGAAGAUUCUGAAGACUGUCAAGAAGUCCGCGAAGACCAAAACCCUCCGCCGUGGAGUCAAGGAAGUUGUCAAGGCGCUCCGCAAAUCCGCCGCAUCCGCACCCUCUUCCUCAGACAUCUCCAACCCGUCCGCUGUCGUCGUCAUCGCCGCCGACAUCUCGCCCAUGGACGUCAUCUCGCACAUUCCCGUACUCUGCGAAGAUCACAACGUUCCCUACAUCUACAUCAAGUCGCGUGCGCAGCUAGGAGAGGCAAGCGCAACCAAGAGGCCGACGAGCGUAGUCAUGAUUGCAAAGGACAGGCAGGGCAAGAAGAAGGACGGAAAGGACGAGGACAUGGAGGAUUUUGCCGAGGUCUAUGGAGACCUAGUGAAGCUGGUUGGCAAGGCGAGCAAGACGGUUAGGAAGUAA